AUGUCCGCAGCUCCCGCCAGCAACGGCGUGUUCGUCGUCAUCCCGCCCAGCGACGCCGGCGGCCUCCGCCCGCCUCCAGCCAUCCUGCCCAGCCCCUUGUGCCAGCCUCCCGGGGUGAUGCAGUUUGAGGAGCCGCCGCUGGGGGCACAGACCCCAAGGGCCACCCAGCCGCCCGACCUGCGGCCCACGGAGACGGAGACGUUCCUGACGGGAGAGCCCAAAGCUUUAGGGACCGUGCAGAUCCUCAUCGGCCUCAUCCACCUGGGCUUCGGCGGCGUGCUGCUCGUGGUCCGCCGCGGCCCCGUGGGGAUGCUCUUCAUCGAAGGCGGCGUCCCCUUCUGGGGAGGAGCCUGCUUCGUCAUCUCAGGGUCCCUCUCCGUGGCAGCCGAGAAGAACCACACCAGCUGCCUCGUGAGAAGCAGCCUGGGGACAAACAUUCUCAGCGCCGUGGCGGCCUUUGCGGGGACAGCCAUUCUGCUCAUGGAUUUCGGUGUCACUAACUGGGAUGUGGGCAGGGGCUAUCUGGCCGUGCUUACCAUCUUCACCAUCCUGGAGUUCUUCAUUGCGGUCAUUGCCACCCACUUCGGGUGUCAAGCCACCCGCGCUCAAGCCAACACGCCUGUGCUUUUCCUGCCCAACGCCUUCAGCGCUGACUUCAACAUCCCCAGCCCCGCAGCCUCUCCGCCCCCCGCCUACGACAAUGUGGCAUAUGUGCCCAAGGAGUCAUCCGAGUAGAGGUCACUCCGCCGGUUGGAGUCCAGCCCGUGGGCCCAGCCUUUCCCCCACCCCCACCGCGUUAAUCUGGGGGCAGCCCAUCCCCCCACCCCCAUCCUCACACAUCGCGGCACCCAGGUGAAGUGUUCCCCAGGGACGUCUGUCCCACACAUCUCCCUCAGUGGCUUCUUUCCUAAAAGAGCUAGUUGAUGUCAAGGGUGAGUGUCCCUCACUCAGCUCCCUGGGCCCUGUCACCCUUCUGGAACUGUCCCCAUGUGCUGCUCUGCAUUUCUCUCGGUUUCCUCCGGGGAAUCCCUG